AUGGAUGACAAAGGAUGCCCUGAAGAAAGUGAAGAACAGAGCAAGCAAAAGGGGAAGGCGGAGACGGUGGCGUUUCACAAGCUGUUUGCUUUUGCCGACGGCGCAGACAUUGUGUUGAUGGUGGUUGGAAGCUUUGGUGGCAUUGGAAAUGGUUUGGGGUUUCCUCUUAUGACAUUACUGUUUGGUGAAAUAAUUGACACCUUUGGUGGUAACCAGAACAGCCCCAACAUAGUUGAAAAAGUGUCCCAGGUUUCCCUUAAAUUUGUGUACCUGGCAGUAGGAUCUGGGAUCGCAGCUUUUCUCCAGGUGACUUGCUGGAUGGUGACAGGGGAGAGACAGGCGGCGAGGAUUAGGGGAUUGUAUUUGAAAAGUAUCCUAAGACAAGACAUUGUUUUCUUUGACAAGGAGACAAACACUGGGGAAGUGAUAGGGAGAAUAUCAGGUGAUACUGUUCUCAUUCAAGACGCCAUGGGAGAGAAGGUUGGGAAGUUUGUGCAGCUGAUAGCAACGUUCAUAGGGGGCUUUGCGAUAGCAUUUGCGAAAGGGUGGCUUCUUACAGUUGUGAUGCUGUGCAUGCUUCCACUCCUUGUUUUGUCAGGAGCUGCCAUGGCCAUCAUCCAGGGAAGGAUGGCUUCCAGAGGUCAAGCUGCCUAUGCAAAAGCUGCACACGUACUUCACCAGACAAUUGCAUCCAUAAGAACAGUUGCAUCAUUUACAGGGGAAAAACAGGCAGUGUCUAACUACAGCAAAUUUCUUGUAGAAGCUUACGUAACAGGAGUUCAUGAAGGUUCUGUUGCUGGGGUGGCCCUUGGCACAGUUAUGCUUCUUGUUUUUAGUGGUUAUGCUUUGGCAGUGUGGUUUGGCGCAAAGAUGAUAAUGGAAAAUGAAGAGAAAUAUAAUGGGGGCACGGUGCUUAAUGUGAUUGCUUCUUUUUUAACUGCUUCAAUGUCUCUUGGGGAGGCAUCCCCUAUCAUGAGUGCUUUUGCUGCGGGUCAAGCUGCAGCUUACAAAAUGUUUGAAACAAUUGAGAGGAAGCCAGUGAUAGAUGCUUAUGAUCCAAAUGGGAAAAUAUUGGAAGAUAUUGAAGGUGAAAUAGAGUUGAGGGAUGUUUGUUUCAGUUAUCCAACGAGGCCUGAGGAGUUGAUAUUCAAUGGUUUCUCUCUUGAUAUACCUAGUGGUACAAGUGCUGCACUAGUGGGACAAAGUGGGAGUGGAAAAUCUACGGUUAUCAGUUUGAUAGAGAGAUUCUAUGAUCCUCAGGCAGGUGAAGUUCUUAUUGAUGGCAUUAAUCUGAAAGAGUUUCAGCUUAGGUGGAUGAGGGGGAAAAUUGGCCUUGUUAACCAGGAGCCAGUGUUGUUUGCAUCAAGCAUUAAAGAUAACAUUGCAUAUGGAAAGGAGGGAGCCACAAUUGAAGAGAUAAGAUCAGCAUGUGGACUUGCAAAUGCUACUAAAUUCAUUGACAAACUGCCACAGGGAUUGAACACAAUGGUUGGUGAACAAGGAACUCAACUCUCUGGUGGACAGAAACAGCGCAUUGCCAUAGCAAGAGCAAUCUUAAAGGAUCCAAGAAUUCUACUUCUGGACGAAGCUACUAGUGCCCUUGAUGCAGAGUCUGAAAGGACAGUGCAAGAGGCUCUAGACAGGGUAAUGGUUAACCGAACCACUGUUGUUGUGGCGCAUCGGUUGAGCACAGUAAGGAAUGCUGAUAUGAUUGUUGUAAUUCAUAGAGGGAAGGUGGUUGAAAAAGGAAGACACUCGGAACUACUCAAGGAUCUCGAGGGAGCUUACUCUCAAUUGAUACGUUUACAAGAAGUAAACAAGGAAUCAGAAGAAACUACAAGCUAUCACAGCAAGAGUGAACUUUCUACAGAACCCUCUACACAGUUAACUAAAAAGAGAUCACUUAGGAGAUCCAUUAGCAGGGGAUCAUCAUCGGGGGGUAGUAGCAGCCACUCAUUUUCUCUUUCCAAUGGUUUACCCACAGGAGUUAGUGUCCCUGCUACUGAAGAUGAAGACUUAUUACUUGAAAAUCAAGCACAAGAGGUUUCACUUCACCGACUUGCUUCCCUCAACAAGCCAGAGUUUCCAGUUCUUCUGAUUGGAUGUGUAGCUGCCAUAGCAAAUGGUGUUAUACUUCCCAUAUUUGGGGUGUUGAUAUCCAGUGCGGUUAAAACAUUUUAUGAACCAGUUAAUGAGGUGAAAAAGGACUCCAAAUUUUGGGCACUAAUGUUUGUGGUCCUUGGUCUUGCAUCAUUGUUGGUAAUUCCAGCUCGAGCAUACUUUUUUUCUGUGGCUGGAUGCAAGUUAAUCCAACGUAUCAGGGUAAUAUGUUUUGAGAAAGUGGUGAGCAUGGAGGUUGGUUGGUUUGAUGAGCCUAGCAACUCAAGUGGUGCCAUUAGUGCAAGGCUCUCAGAAAUUGCUGCUUCUGUGCGCGCCCUUGUUGGUGAUGCACUGGGGCUGUUGGUCCAAAAUAUAACAUGUGCCUUGGCAGGUUUGAUCAUUGCUUUCAUUGCAUGCUGGCAGCUGGCUUUGAUUAUUCUUGUCUUGAUUCCCCUUAUUGGUGCAAAUGGCUAUGUUCAAACGAAAUUCUUGAAGGGGUUCAGCAAAGAUGCGAAGAUGAUGUACGAAGAAGCAAGCCAAGUUGCUAAGGAUGCAGUUGGAAAUAUAAGAACAGUAGCUUCUUUCUGUGCUGAAGACAAGGUUAUGGACUUGUAUAGGAUGAAAUGUGAGGACCCCAUGAAAACAGGGAUAUGGCAAGGGUUGAUCAGUGGAUUAGGAUUUGGGGUUUCAUUUUUCUUACUGUUUUGUGUCUAUGCAACUAGUUUCUAUGCAGGAGCUAGACUAGUGGCCUCUGGAGAAGCAUCAUUCUCAGAUGUUUUUCGGGUUUUCUUUGCUUUAACCAUGGCAGCUAUUGGAGUUUCCCAGUUUAGCACAAUUUCUCCAGAUUCUGGCAAAGCCAAGUCAGCUACUGCUGCCAUAUUUAGCAUAAUUGAUAAGAAGUCAGAGAUAGAUCCAAGUAAUGAGUCUGGUACCACAUUGGAUAGAGUUGAGGGAGAAAUUGAGUUUCGUCAUGUGAAUUUCAAGUACCCAUCAAGGCCUAAGAUACAGAUAUUUCGAGACCUUAACUUGGUUAUCCAUUCUGGCAAGACAGUAGCCCUUGUUGGUGAAAGUGGAAGUGGAAAAUCCACAGUGAUUGCGUUGUUGCAGAGAUUUUAUGAUCCCAAUUCAGGUCAAAUCACACUUGAUGGUGUACCAAUUGGGGAGCUACAACUCAAGUGGUUUAGACAGCAAAUGGGUCUUGUAAGCCAAGAGCCAGUAUUGUUCAAUGACACUAUUCGUGGCAACAUUGCUUAUGGGAAGGGAGGUGAUGCAACUGAAGCAGAAAUCAUAGCAGCAGCAGAACUAGCUAAUGCCCAUGUGUUUAUCAGUGGAUUACAACAGGGCUAUGACACUGCAGUGGGAGAAAGGGGAACCCAAUUAUCUGGUGGGCAGAAGCAAAGAGUAGCCAUUGCCCGUGCUAUGAUUAAAAGUCCAAAAAUAUUGCUAUUGGACGAAGCCACAAGUACAUUAGAUGCUGAAUCAGAGAGAGUUGUUCAAGAAGCAUUGGACAAAGUCAUGGUGAAUAUGACCACUGUGGUGGUGGCACAUAGCCUAUCUGCAAUAAAAAAUGCAGAUUUGAUUGCUGUUGUGAAAGAUGGAGGCAUUGUAGAGAAGGGAAGCCAUGAAACACUCGUUCGAGUCAAGGAUGGGUUUUAUGCUUCCUUAAUCCAACUUCACUCAAAUGCUUCAAAAAUUUUGGUUCCUUAA